CGGUGGCCAUGGCGGUGGCACAGACAGCGCAUGCGUAUGCACACCCACAGCAGACAGCCAUGCCUGCUCCUCGCCCUCUCUCGGCCUCGCUUGGUCAUCCCUCGCCCUCGCGCAAGCGGCAGCGCGACAUGACGCCGGACGACUUUGGCCUCCGUCUCCCUCCCGGCGCCGUCCCGCGACCAAAGCGCCGCAAGACGCCGACCAAGACCCCAUCGCCGGCCUUUUCAAAGCCCAUCACUCCCGCCAUUGCUCCGGCAUCAGCGCCGGGCGUUAACGUUGUCGUCUGCCUCCAUCCGGAUGCUCCUGCCGCCACGGCCAUGGCCGGUGGCGCUGUCGUCGGCAUCGAUGCCGUGGGCGGCACCGUCCUGCCGGGCGCCACCACCCCGUCGGUCGAGUCCGAGUCCGAGCAUGAGGGCCUUGACCCGCUCGAGCACUGGCUCACCCACGUCCAGGUGCUCACGGGCGCCAAGGCGAACAAGAUCCUUGAGGUCCAGGCCUACGAUACGGUGGUCUCGGCCUUCCGCACACUCAUCACUGCCCGCCUGCUCUCGGCACCGAUCUACGACGCCCACACCUCGACAUACGUCGGGACCAUCGACAUCGUCGACCUUGUCCACAUGGCCGUCAACUCGCUCUCCAAGGUCACCUCGCGGGUCUCACUUGAGAACCUCAUGCGGACCAAGGUGUUCGGCAUGAAGGUUUUCCAGCUCGCUAACUUUUCGUCGCUCAACCCGUUUGUCGCCGUCAAGCUCGGCUCGUCCAUCCUCAAGGUCAUGCAGGGCCUGGCGGUCGACAAGCUCCACCGCGUGAGCAUCACCGAUGACAAGGGCCGCGUCCGCGGCAUUAUCUCGCAGUCGUGGAUGGUUCGCUGGCUCUCGACCAACGCGCAGCGGUUUCUCGGCGAGCGCGCCCACGCCCCGAUCGCAGACCUCGGUCUCGGUGAGCCCAAGACCGUUGUCACCAUUCGCGACUCGCAGCUCGCCAUCGAGGCCUUCUCCGCCAUGGUCGAAGCCUCAGUCUCGGCCGUCGGCAUUGUCGACUCGCACAACGUGCUCAAGGGCGUCAUUUCCGUUCGCGACAUCAAGGCCGUCCGCCCCUCACAGUCCAAUCCGGACGUCAUCCACUUUGACGCCCUCUACAUCAACGUCAUGGAGUUUGUCGCCGUCUCACGCGCACAAGUUGUCUCCACCGAGAAGGUUCCGCUCCUCUCCUGCUCACCAGACACUCCGCUCACCGUCGUCCUCGGCCGUGUCGUCGCCGCGCGCAUGUACCGCAUCUUUGUCGUUGACGAAAUGCAUCGCCCGGUCUCGGUCGUCUCGCUCGCAGACCUCAUCCGCGUCUUCCUCCCGCCCUCAGCCUCAUCGUCACUCAUUGCCGAGGCUACUGCCUCGGCCAAUGCCACCACCACCGUCUGCACCACCACCACCUCGUCCAAUGCCACCACCACUGUCUCGUCUAUUACUGUCGCGACCACUUCGGCCACACCCGUCGUCUCGCCAGCAUCGGUUGCUGGAAAUCCGUUCGGGCUGCACUCGAGCUCCGAGCCGCCCGUCACCCUCUGACCGGCGCCCCGCUGGCGCUGGCUCCGCUCCGCUUGUGCGGCAGCCGCGUCGCCUUGGAUCCGGCGAGCCCGAGGUCGUCGCGCACGAGCCAGCUGUAGUCAGGGUAUACCGCCCGCGGCGGGUGGCUCGCCGAGAGUCCCGCCACCGACGCCGCCGACAUCACACGCAACGCCGGCACUUGCUCGCCUUCGCUCGCGCGCAUAGACGGCGGAAUCUGGUGCCGCUCGCCGCCGAGAAUGAGGCCGCCGAGCGCACCGGCGCUCACGCGCCAGUUGCCCAUUCCCAGCGACGGCACAACGCUCGCGGCGGGGCGGAACUUGGAGCCCUCGACCGCGUCGGCCGCCUCGCUCUCCCCC